CUUCUCCACCGGUCCAUCCAAAACACUCGAAAACAACAGAAAGGCUUCGAGGAAAUGAAUCCCAUAGUUUCUGGGGUGGAGAAAAUAAAGGAGUUCGUCAACGACUUCAUUAAAGGCCGUGAUUACUCAUCUCGCCGCAGUCCGAUUGAAAUCCUGAAAAGGUGCAACGAGAAUCAUUUUCAGACCUGAUGAAGCUCCGAGAACGACAAGACAGAGUCGAACGUUUACUUUCGUUUUACAAAGCAUCGAAAGGGAAUCCAUUACAAGGAUCGAAUACCCUUUUGAGAGGGGAAGUUGAUUUCAUGGCGGCCGUAUUGCUAAUGUCAAAUGCUGACGACGGACAUUGGGACGGGGUUGGUCGGACGGAAUUCAUAACUAGGGUCAAUUCCAAGUUUCGAUUCGAAACGACCUUUGGUGAUAAAGAUACCUUGGGGGUUGAAUUUAUGGCUAAUCAGAAGGGGAUUGGAGAUAACGUUGGAGAUGUAUAUGGAACCCCACUUACGCUAUCUAAGUUGUUUUAUAAAGGAAAUACCGGUGAUUGGUUUUCUGCUAUGGUAAUUCCAUUUGGAGCUCAGUUUAGAGAUUUGGAUGUUGCCUCGGAAUUCUCCCUUCAGGAUGACAAGGGCCUCACUGAUUUAUCAUUAUCAUUGGGACCACCUCUAUUGCAUCAGCAUAGUGGAGGUGCUAUUGGGGUGGCAAUGAGAAGGUCGAAUAUAAUUGCUUCGUUUGCUCAAUCGGUAUGUGGAAUGGGAAAUGAUGAGCAUUGCUUCUGUACUUUUGGACAAGUCGUUUGUCAACUUCCGAUAAGAUUGAAACUCUCGCUUUUAGGCCUUCGCCGAGGGCCUAAAUUGGUAAGUCGUAAUUUCCGCCUUGGAGCCCAUGCGAUUCCACUUGGCUUGUCUAGUCAUGUUGAAGAUUCUGAUACAGUGAUCGAGGCGCCUCUUCUGCCUUUGACAACAAACACCCCAGAUGGAUCUAUUGCCCUGAAGCUGGAGUCAGAACUUGAUGAAUACCAAAGACUUGGAGGUUGGAUUGAGAUGAAACUAGCAAAUCCUAGAGUUUUACAAUGGGCUGUUAAUUUGUCUGAUUCUUCGGAGGAUGUAUUUGGUUGGGGUGUGAGUGUUGGGGGCACCGUUAAAGGUCCCAGAAAUUGGGACCACUAUCAGAUUGAAUCAUAUGUGAAACUUAACCUGGGUAAGAGAUUUAGCUUGAAGCCAGGUGUUGCUUAUGUAGUAGAUGGAAAUUCCAGAACCCUGGCUCUUGUGCUUCGGUCUGACUGUUACAUCUAAUUACCACUUUUUCUGAAAGGUAGGAGUUUCUGAAUUUUGUUGGAAGUCCUUUGUUUUGGGGAAGUUCAAUUUUUUUUGUUAGGCAUAUAAGUUGCAGCAUCUAUUUUAACCAUAUUUUAUUCUUUGGAGCUAUUGCUUUUAUAGUCUUAGAGAAGAACGAGCUUUUCUUGAUGUACUCCAUAUUAAUUUCAAGAUUUCUAUUUAAUCUUACAUG